AUGUUCCCCUCUUUCCUCCCCUGUCCCCUCACAGCGCACGAUGCAGCCCUGAGGCAGCAGCUGAGAGAACAUGAGUUGCAGGCGGACGAUGCAGCCCUGAGGCUGCAACUGAGGGACCACGAGUUGCAACUCGUGCUGCUCCUCACUUCCCUCACUCGCCUAUUCCUUCUUCCCCUGCCCCACCCACACACAGCGGACGAUGCAGCGUUGAGGCAGCAGUUGAGGAACCACGAGUUGCAACUCGUGCUGCUCCUCACUUUACUUACUCGCCUAUUCCCUUCUUCCCCUGCCCCGCCUGCACAGCGGAUGAUGCAACCGGACGAUGCAGCGUUGAGGCAGCAAUUGAGAGACCAUGAGCUGCAGCGCAUGCUUCUCCUCAUCGACAGCUCCCCGCACCCAGAAGCAGCACUAGAAGCAGCGCGGUCGCAUCCUGCCUUUACCAAGUUCCUUCAACAGGCAAUCCUCUCAUCCCCCCUCUUAACCCCUCUUGCCUCGGCUCCGUUCCUCUCUCCUACUCUUCUCUUCUCUCGCCCCUCUCGCCCCUCCUGCCUGCUUUUCUCCCUCUAG